AUGGCUGCUGUUUCUUCUAAGCUGCUUUCCUUUCUUUGUUGUCUCUUUCAAAUAAUAAUGUCUCAAGCCAGUUCCAGCCCAAUUUUCCUAUCCCAAUCCUGUGAUAACAUCAAAGGGAACUACACACCCAAUAGCACCUACCACACAAAUCUCAACAAACUUUUGUCCACUCUCACUUCCAACACAGAAAUUGACUACGGAUUCUACAAUUUCUCAUAUGGUCAAAACACUAACAAAGUGAACGCCAUUGGGCUGUGUAGAGGAGAUGUUAGGCCAGAUGAGUGCCGCAGUUGCCUCGACGAUUCCAGAGUCAACCUCACACAGCUCUGUCCGAAUCAGAAAGAGGCAUGUUGAAAAUAGAAAUUGAAAUUGAAAUGUUCCACGCGGUACUCGAACCGCUCAAUAUUCGGCAUCAUGGAAACUUCACCUUUUUUUAAUUUGUGGAACGGAUACAAUGCAACAGAGGUGGAUAAGUUGAAUCAAGUGCUCGGUAACUUGAUGAGGAAUUUAAAAGACAGAGCUGCAUCAGGUGAUUCUCGUCGUAAGUAUGCUACGGCAAAUGCAACUUUUCAAACCAAAUAUUUAUACGGUGUUGUGCAGUGCACGCCUGAUUUGUCACGACAAUACUGUAAUGACUGCUUGGAUGGGGUUAUCUCAGAAUUCCCAACUUUGUUCGAUGGCCAGCUAGGUGGUAGAGUCGUUAGGCCCAGUUGUAAUGUUAGAUAUGAAACCUACGGCUUCUACGAACCUACGCCAAUAUCAGACACAGAUGUACCACCACCAACACCACUGUCUUCACCAUCCACCAAUAACACUUCCUCACAAGGAAAGGGCAACAUGUCACGAACUGCCAUAGCCAUAGUUGUGCCGACUGUUGUUGCUGUUUUUGUUUUGCUCUUUUUUAUCUGCAUAUAUUUGAGGAGGAGGAAGGCAAAGAAAGAUGUUGCAGCGAGUUCUGCCAUUUACGAGAAUUUGCGAAUUCUGAAUUCUUCAAUCAGCGAGUUCUGUCAUUUGCGAGAAUUUGUUGCAAUGGAUGACUAUGAUAAUGUGGGAUUUUUUCCUCUAAGGAUGGAAGUGAGUCCUACCCAUGAUGGUGAUUUCAGCAAGAAGACGACGCAUUGUGCUGAUAUCUCUCCCUACGUUAAUGGUGGAGCCGACGACCUCUCCACUGAAGAAGAGCUCACGGAAAAAUCGUAG